AUGUCGCGAAUGUUAGGUCGUCCAGCGAAAAAGAAAAGUUCACAACUCCUGGUUGAAGGGAGCAGUCCCACACCUGAGACAUUUGAGGAUCUUGAAUUCGAACGCACGGUUCGCAGAACAUCGAGAAAGAAAGCAAAUCGGCCAGGGAAAGUUAUGCGGCCUCGAGCUGCAAAGAAAAAAUACAUCCCCGAAGAACUCUCUAGUAAGACGUUGCCGGAUAUCGAUGAGCCCGACAUGUCCACUCACUACGAAGCCCAUGAGCCAACCUGCCACCCAUCCUUUGAGAUGAACUUCACAUCAGAGAAUUGGACCCAACCGCUCAUGCCCAUUCGCAUGAACGAUGACCCUUUGAGUCCAGUACUCGAGCAAACGUACGCCGAAAUGGAGCUAGAAGACACAUUCAUCACACCAUCAGAAUGCACGAGAAACUCCACUGCAAUUCUCAUCCCACCAUCAGGAGAUCCCUGUUCCUCCUCAACCCCCCUAGCGCACGACAUGAAUCUAAAUCAAUGCGACCCCGAAAUCCACAACCUAGAGCAGAUGACAUUUCUCGAGCUCAAAGAAGCCGAGACCACACCAUGGGCCUACGCUCAACUCAAUAUGCAGUCUAUCCAAGAUGCAUGGAUGCUCGAGAGUCCACAUCAAUCUAUCCCUGUUCUAGUAGAUCCCUCUUACUCGAGUUACCAUCCACUCCAAUCUCCAGAUACCAGUCCUGAUAGCGAACUAUACUCAGCUGACGAGCCGGGCUUGCUUAGCCCGCCACAUAUCCGUUGCAGCUGCUACAAGCAUGCGACGAGCGAGUUGAUCAGUUCAGGUGAACGUGCGGAAGAAGACGGCUCGUCUUCUUUCAAUACUGGAUACCACUACGAAGUCGGCUGGAGCUAG